UGGGUCAAUCAAUAUAUGGACCUUUUCCCAUAUGAGCAAACUCUCCCUACUAAGGGUGGUGCGCGUGUGGAAAAUCGUUUCAGUGCGCGGAAAAUUCGUGCGGUGACCACCCCAAAGAUGUCGUCCGAACAUUUAAAAGUUGUACAAGUCCCAGAAAAUCGCUUUGACGAUGCAAUCUAUCACUUGAAAUGGAAUUUCUUUUCCGACGAACCGUUGAAUCACGCGGUAGGACUCUGCGAGAAAGGAGAGAGUCAGUUCGAGCUGGAGAGACACUGCUUGCUCACAUUAAAGCAAGGAUACUCGAGGAUGCUGGUAGAUCAGAAUGGGACGAUAGCAGGAAUGGCUCUGAAUGGUAUCCUAAAAAAGGGAGAACGCGAAGAGGCCGAACGUCGUCUUGCCGAACUGAACGAUGAAAAAUUCAAAAUAAUUUUUGGACUUCUCUACAAAGUUAACGAAAAAGUCGAUCUCUUUUCCAAAUAUAAUGUCGAUGAAUUGUUCGAGUGUCGAAUCCUUAGCGUGGACGAGAAUUUUCGUGGAAGGGGUUUAGCGAACAUUUUGAUGGCAGAUAGUAUAGAAACAGCAAGAAAUGCUGGUUUCAAGGUGUUCAAAGCGGACGCAACUGGAAUGUUUUCACAAAAAGUAUGCUUAAAACACGGUUUUCAGGUAGAGGCGGAGAUUCCGUAUACGGAUUGCGAUGAAUCGAUCAGACCGGCUCCUCCUCAUCAAGCUUUAAAGCUGAUGGUAAAACUAUUAAACUAGAAAGGAACGAAAAUGAAACUGAACAUUGUUCAAGAAAUUUUCGAUAAACAGAAAUAUGUUGCAAAAGAGCAGUAGAGUAAAACUAUGUGUAUCGUUGUGCGACAAUAACAGCUCUCUAAUGUAUGUUUGUCUCAAAGACGUAUUUACAGAGUAAUUAUAUUCAACAAAAAAGGGCGGGUCGCGUGUUUCUCGUAGAACAUAUUCAAAAUUCGAAACAUCGGUUACUGCCCCUUGUCUGUGUUUCGAACGAUGUGUUAUUAUUAAACAUAAGAAAAAAAUAAAAAAUUCUAGUUGACAAAUGCUAGAAUGAAGAUCAUUUAAAAUUUUGUUGUUUGCAUUCUGUCAAUUCAGAACGAACUUAUGAGGUUAGCUGCUUUGGUAUACAUAGUAAAGAAUGAAUGUUAUACGAAAUAAUAUUUACGUCUUUGUAUAUGACGAAACAGCAUACCAGCAUACAUAGCAAUCUAUUGGGAGACGAAAAUUAUGUGUCAAAUGUUGUAGUUUGACGUUUGUUAACUUUUCUGUACAUUCUACAGUGUCCUGAUGGUAAUAUGAAAGUAUAUUGUAUACGUAUAAGUAGGUACACAAUCCUUGAUGUUUCCGACUAUGUACGGAUUUUUUUACAGCCAUCACAAAAACACAGAACACGGAUUAUUGCAAAAUCCGUAUGUAACGAUGUAUCGAAAAGAGUGAUUUGUAUAGCUCAUGGUUUCAGGAAUUACUGGAUAAUGGGUCCACACGAGUAUAAACUAAAAGUUACAAGAAAUAUUUUUGUUGAUAUCACGUGUUACGAAAAUAUAUUACAAGUUAUUUUGUAAGAAUAUCCGUCAAAUAAAUAUUACAGUUUAUAAU